AUGCCUUCUAUCCAGGACCCGACGUCCCUGCCUUGGGACCCGCACAACGACGUCUUCCCCGCGCGCCGGAAUCUGCCACGCCUUUCUGGCCACUUCAAGGACGCCCCUGUGGGUGCCGCGUGGGUCUGGGGCACAGACGACCAGUUGGGUCGCCUCAACCUGCUGACGCCCCAGCGCGUGGCCUUGGCGGCACGCGAACAGAUUGUGUCUGGGGCAUCAACAAGGGUCGACCUGCCGCUGGAUGUCCCAAAACACCCAAGCUGGCAACGCGAGCCGUUUGUCCACAAUAUCAAAGUCAUCCUUGGUGAGGGUGGCAUUGGACACGACGAUACAUAUUCUCUAAACACGCAGUCAGGAACGCAAUGGGACGGCUUCCGGCACGUGUCCUACGGCGACACAGGCUUGUUUUACAACGGCACCACGGCCGAUGACAUCCAGCAGUCGACCGAGCCCUGUGGAAUCCACCACUGGAGCGGCCGUGCCCUUGCCGGACGGGGGGUGUUGCUGGAUUACCGGGCCUAUUGCGACAGCCUGGGCAUCUUCUAUGACUCGGCGUCGUCGCAUCCCAUUUCCUAUGACGACCUGGUCUCCUGCGGCAGGCAUCAGGGCACCGACAUUCGGCCGGCCUCGCAAGGCGGUGAUAUUCGACCGGGCGAUUUUUUGUUUAUUCGGUCUGGGUUUACGCAAGACUACUACAAGAGGACCGGCGCAGAAAACGAGGCCAUCGGCAGCCGUUCGGCGCCGCAGUGGGCCGGUGUCCUCCAGGAGCCGCAGAUGAUCGACUGGCUGCACGACUGCUACUUUGCCGCCGUGGCAGGAGACGCGCCCGCAUUCGAAGUCUGGCCCACCGCGCAGGCCUACAAGCUGCACGAGUACCUUUUGCCGCUCUGGGGCUGUCCUAUUGGCGAGAUGCUGGAUCUCGAAGGCGUGGCCAAGUUGGCCAAGGAGCACGGCCGAUGGACCUUUUUCUUUUGCACGGCGCCAGCCAACUGUACGGGAGGCGUCGGCAGUCAUGUCAACGGGACGGCGAUUUUUUGA